AUGGUAGAAUUUAUGAUCACUGGUGAACAAACCAAAACCCCUUCAGAAAUAAAAACGUCCAUAUUCAAAGAUCAAUUAAAUAAUAUAACUACACAAUUAGAAGAAAAUUUAAAAUUAAUGAAUAAUAAUAAUUUACAAACCCAAGAAACUUUCAAAAAAUUAAAUAAUGACAUUGAAAAAAAUAAUUAUAAGCAAUUCAAAAAUUCGAAUUAUCCUAAACAGCCUUUUCAACAAAAACCUCAUAAUAACUUUCAAUCAGAUAAACCAUUUUAUAAUACCCAAAAUGUUGAUAAUAACCAAAUGCCACAACCAAAUAAACAAUAUCCUUCACAAAAUUUUAAUAACCAAAUGCCACAACCAAUUAAACAAUAUCCUUCACAAAAUUUUAAAAACCAAAAAAGCGACAAUUCCAAUUAUAAUAAUCAUUCUACAAAAGACUGUCACUUCAAUAAAAAUCCUAAUAAAUGCCAAUUAUGCGAUAAAAUAGGACACCUAGCCAAAAACUGUUGGAUAUACUUUCCAGAAUCACAAAACCAAUAG